UUUCACUUCUCAUUCAAGUUCCCCCCAUUUUCUCAGAUCAUUCUGAUGUUCUGAUGUUCUGAUCAUCACUCUCUAUUUCUUCUUGAUACAUUUUCCAGAUUCGCACCAAGCACUCUUCUUCCUCUUCCUCUUCCUCUUCAGCAGCAAUGUCAGGUCACCACAAGGGCAAGAAGCUCAAUAGCGCAACAAUCAACCGCCAAGUCAAUGCCGCAGAGUACGCCGUGCGUGGCGAAAUCCCCAUCCGCGCAGAGCAGCUCGCCACAGAGCUCAAGCAGAACGCAGCGUCGCUGCCCUUCAAGCAAAUCACCCGCUGCAACAUUGGCAACCCCCAGGAGCUCCAGCAAAAGCCGCUGACCUUCUUCCGCCAGAUCUGCGCACUGCUCGAGUACGACGAUCUCUUGCACGAGCGCAACCACGCCCACGUCGCGUCCCUCUUCCCCGCAGAUGCGAUCGCCCGCGCGCGAAGCAUGCGCGCCAACAUUGCCAGCAUGGGCGCCUACACCCACUCGCAGGGCCUCAAAUUCAUCCGCGACAACGUCGCCAACUUUAUCACCGCGCGCGACAACGUCGGGCCGGCAGACCCCAACGACAUUUUCCUCACCAACGGUGCCAGCGACGGUGUCAAGACGGCCAUGCAGAUGCUCAUUCAAAACCGCAACUCUGGCAUCAUGAUCCCCAUUCCCCAGUAUCCCCUUUAUUCGGCCACCCUAUCCCUGCUCGACGGCACGCCCGUUCCCUACUAUCUCGACGAGGAGAAGGGCUGGGAUCUUUCCAUUGACGAGCUCAGCCGCAGCAUUGCGGAGGCCCGCGCUCAGAACGUGGAUGUCCGCGCGCUGGUCGUCAUCAACCCAGGCAACCCCACUGGCGGUGUGCUGUCCAUGGAGAGCAUGCGUGGCAUUGUGGAAUUGUGCCACCGUGAGCACUUGGUUUUGCUGGCCGACGAAGUCUACCAGACCAACGUCUACCAAGACCAGCGCCCGUUCGUCUCCUUCCGCAAGGUGCUCAAGUCCAUGGGCCCCGAGUUUAGCAAUGUCGAGCUCAUCUCCUUCCACAGUGUCUCCAAGGGCUUUAUCGGCGAGUGCGGCAAGCGUGGCGGCUACAUGGAAAUGAUUGGCAUUGAUGCCUACGUUCGCGAGCAAAUCUACAAGGUGGCCUCCAUCUCGCUCUGCCCCAACGUGCAAGGUCAAGUGAUUGUCGACCUGAUGGUCAACCCGCCCAAGGAAGGCGAGCCCUCGUACGAGCUCUAUGCCCGCGAGCGCGACCAGAUUCUCGGCUCGCUCAAGGACCGCUCGCUCUUCCUCGUCGAUACCUUCAACAAGAUGGAGGGCGUCACCUGCCAGCCGGCUCAGGGCGCCAUGUACACCUUCCCUCAAAUCCGUCUGCCCAAGAAGGCUGUCGAAGCUGCCAAGGCUGCGGGCAAGGCUCCCGACUCGUUCUACUGCAUGGCACUGCUUGAGGCGACUGGUGUGUCUGUCGUUCCUGGCACUGGAUUCAAGCAACGCGAGGGCACCUACCACUUCCGCUGCACGUUCCUGCCCCCACAAGACACCUUCCCUGCCUUCACCGAUGCGAUUGUUCGGUUCCACAACGAAUUCAUGGCCAAGUACAAGGACUAGACUUGGAGGUUUUGAACGGUUUCGCCGCGUUCUGUUUGCGACGGUGGGGGCCUCCUCCCCCAAUCCAUUGUUUUUGUCCAUUUGUUCCAAUACACAGUGUCUGUUAAUGUUGGU